AUGAUUAUUUGCAGUGUCUUUUCGUGCUCACAAGGGGUUGAAUCCUUUCGCCCCGAUUUUAAGAGUUUAUCUGUAGAACCGGAGCGGGUAAUCUUGCAUAAGUUACUGUCGAACUUUGGGCCGCUUCUAGAUGCGCUUGUAAAGCAUGUGGAUGAUGAGGAAGCAGGCGGGCUCCUUAAAGACCUUUGGAAAAUGAUUGAAGAGGAUAAGGAAUUGAUACUAAUAUUGACGAAUUUAGACCCAGGAAAGAGGGCGGAAAUGGUUGAUAUCAUGACGGAUCCUUAUUUGGAUGGGGUUGGUUCCAAAGGGUUUCUCGGUACCGAAGAAUAUUUUGAAGAUGGUGCCAUUUAA